AUGUCCAAGGAUACACCAAAGCUUGUUGAACAUGCUCUCACUACCCUCUCAAAAGUAAUUGAAUCCGAUACCAAUAUAUCCACAAUCGAUUUGAAUCUACUAGAGAAUCUAAAUACUAAUCAGUCAUUGAACUACAUCAAAUUGGAAAAUAAUUUGAAUGAUCUUGAAGCAAAUGGAAAACAUUUAAAACUUUUGAAGGAAGAAUUUGAUCAACAUGCAAAUCUAUUGGUUGACAUUGAGAAAAAAGUGAUGAGACUUGAGGAGAUUGUAAAUGAGCUCAAUAGCUGGUCUAAGGAGCUUGAAAUGGACUUAAAGAAAUAG